AUGAGUCUCCGUUCCACAUCCAUCCCCCAGGGAAGACCUCGCUCUGAGAGUCUCCCCCCCUCUGCGCAAAGGCUCUUCGAAGAGAUCGCUCACCAGCUGCCCUACAUCUCGACAUACACUGAGUUGGUAUUCGAGAACGUGAAACCUGACGACGGAAGUCUCGUUUGUCGAUCCUUGGAUGGUCACGCCGAGACCGAACGACGCGGCGCCAGGAUCAAUUAUAACUCGGUGACCAGAGUCCUACGCCUUAAAUUCAUGCCCAUCAGUCUACACGACGUCCACCAGCGGUGGAUAAACACCAGCAUUGUCGAAUGGCGAUACAGGGACCUCUUAACUGAACAGGAAUCAGAUCUGUUGUGGAGCGGCGUUGGGACCACCUUUGACCAAUUCUCGGGUAUGUACAGCGGUUCAUCAAAGCAGCCAGACCAUUACCUUCGAGUGGACACGGAUCCAUCACCGCAGAUAGUAGUCGAGUCAGGGUGGUCAGAAUCCUUUCCACACCUUCGCAAUGAUAAAGAUUUGUGGAUGCUCGGAGAUCCGUCUGUUGUGCUUGUGAUCCUGUUACGGUGGACAACGAUAUCAAAUGGGCGAAUCAAGGGCUGUGCUGAAGUAUGGCGCCGGGACACAGUUGGGAGACUUAUUUCAAGCACCCUGGAUAUCUUCCCAGCGCCCUCGCCAUCACCCCCGACCGAAAUGAUUCAGUUCACGAAAAGGGAGCUGUUCGGUGCUGCCAUGACACCAGGGGCAAACCCCGACACUGUCUUUGAGUUAGAUGUCGCUAAGCUAAGGCAAUUUGCCGAAGAAGUGAUUACGAAAAUGAAUAUGCAACCAGCAUAG